AUGCUCUUUGAACGAAAUCUUGAAAAGAAGGCUGGCUCGUUAGACGAAGCGCUGGACAGCACACACGCGGCCAGUAUCGUCCAGCAAUCAGCUUUCGACCCAGACAACGGCUUGAAGCGUGGCUUGAAGAACCGCCACGUCUCGCUCAUUGCGCUUGCUGGGAUCAUUGGCCCCGGCAUCUUGAUUGGGGCCGGUGGGGCGUUACAUAGCGGUGGCCCCGCGUCGCUCAUCAUCGGGUUUGGGGUCGUCGGGAUUCUUGCCUUUUCGGUGAUGCAAUCGUUGGGUGAGUUGAGCACGAUGUACCCCUCUGGUGGGGCCUUUUCCACACUCUGUAACAAGUUCGUGGACCCCGCGUUCGGGGCUGCCGUCGGCUGGAACUACGUAAUUGUGUGGAUCGCCGUAUUAUCCAAUGAAUAUAACUCUGUUUCGUCCAUUAUGCAGUAUUGGGGCCCUCAGGUGCCCCUCUACGGGUAUAUUUUGAUGUUCUGGGCGUUAUUCAUGGCGUUUCAGUUCCUUGGGGUGGAAGCCUUCGGUGAAUUAGAGUUCUGGUUGGCGUUGUUCAAGAUUGUGGGCUUAAUCACCUUCUACAUCUUCUCCAUAAUCUACAUUUCUGGAGGAUUACCCCACCAGAAGGCGUUUGGUUUCGAGUACUGGAACAACCCUGGCGCCUUUGCGGAUGGGUUUAAGGGUGUGGUGUCUGUCUUUGUCUUCUGCUCCACCUUCUACUCCGGAACCGAAAGUGUUGCCAUUGCUGCUUCCGAAAGCCGUAACCCGUCUGUGGCUGUGCCGUCUGCCAUCAGACAAACCUUCUGGAGAAUCCUCGUGAUCUAUAUGGGUGUUGCAGUCUUCUACGGUGUUACCGUUCCAUGGAACGACGAUAACUUGAUGGGCUCUUCCAGAACCCUCAAGUCGCCAAUCACCAUUGCCUUGACCCGUGCCGGUUGGGGGUCCUCCCCCCACUUGGUCAACGCGUUCAUCUUGGUGACGUGCAUCUCUGCGGUUAACUCUUCGAUCUACAUCGGCUCGCGCUCCAUCAUCAACCUUGCGAAUGAGGGCCUGGCUCCGAAAUUCCUCACCUACGUCAACAAGCGCGGGGUCCCGGUCUGUGCAGUCGUUUUGAUGAACUUGUUUGGGCUUUUGUCGCUCAUGAACGUUUCCACCGGUGCCGCCAAUGCCUACAGCUACAUUGUUAAUCUCUCUGGUGUGUCUGUGUUUAUUGUCUGGGGCUCCAUUAACUUUGCUCACCUCCGCUUCAGAAGAGCGUUAAAGUUACAGGGCGUUUCCACGGACAUUUUACCGUAUAAGGCUGCGUGGUUCCCGUGGUUGUCAUACGUGGGGCUCUUUGGGAACGUGUUUUUGGGUUUGAUCCAAGGCUGGUCUUACUUCAAGCCAUUCGACGCUGGUAACUUUGUGGACGCGUACAUCUUGUUGCCAGUAUUUGUGAUCAUUUUCUUCCUUAUCAAGUUGAUCAAUAAGACCAAAUGGGUCAAUCUCGCGGAGGUUGACUUGGACGAAGGCAGAAGAAAGGACUUGGAUGGUGUGGAUGCCGAGACCUUGAUCGACAGCGAGGGUUUUGACAAGGCGGAAAAGAAGUUCACAUGGAAAUCUUUGUUUUCCUGGAUGUAAGGUGGU